AUGCAAACAUCCAAACCAGCUUUUGAGACAAAAACGAAAAUAAUGACUGAUGAAAAUAUGUCACAAAUGCAUCAUAAAUGCCAUAAAAAUUCGAUUAAACUUUCCCCAACGAACAAAAGUGAUAAAUUUUCAGUGAAUUACAAUUUAAAUCAAACAGUUUCAAGCUUUCCUCGAUGCGAUAACAAAAUCUCGACGUCAGUUAAAUCUGUUUCAUCAAAAGUUUUCGCAUGGAACAGAGAAAAGCCAAGACUCGAUAGCGAGUAUGUCGAUAAAAAGUUUUCUAAACCAUUUAAUACAAUUGCUCCAGAACUUCGUGUAAUUGGUGGUCUUGGAAAGUUAAAAUGUGUAAAGAAAGGAAAAUCAAAUUUAUUCAUUAAUCGAAUGACUCAAGUUCAAAAACUAAGCCACACGAAAACUAAAUUACUUCACAACUUCAAUUUAACAGAAGAAUUGCGACCAAUAGCAUGCCACAAAAAGUCAAAAAUGAAGAUUUCAGAUGCAAUUGAGAAUGUGAAGUAUGCAGAGAAUUUACUAGUUUCAUCGCCAAUGACAGAUGAAGACAAUACAAGAAAUGUUUACAACCAUCAGAAUCCAUUUAAUCUUGACAUGGAUGCUUUGUCUGAAUUUCACAAUCAAAGCCAUCAAACUAAGGAAAUAGAACGACGGAGAAAUUUUCAGAUUAUCCGACGAACAAUGGAAACAAAAGCUCUCACAACGGUAGGUGCUGAAAAACUCAUGCAGGAGUCGAGAAACGAGAGAUUCCAACUUCCUCAAUUCUUUAAAGUUGUCGAUGAAAAACCGGAAAGUGUUGAAUCAGAAUCCUCAAAAACCAUUCCAAACACAUGCAGAGUCGUUCUUACAACGGACAAACCCAACAAUCGUGAAAUUAUUCAAUCCCAUUACAAUCACAAAGAGCAUAAGCUUCGUGAGAAACUUAAGCAAAAAGCGAUUGACGAUGAAAAAUUGGCCAAAGAAAAGGAAAAAGUUGAUGAAGAAAAUCGAGAAAAUUUCGUGUUUCAAAUGGCUGAGGAAAGUCUUAAAACAUCCGAAUGUGAUGAAAACGACAACAUACGGGAUGAAAUGAAAAAAAUCUCACUACCAUAUCAGAAAUUCGAUUACCCAGUAAAUGAAUCUGAAUUAUUAGAGUUAAAGCGACAAUUGAAUGAAAAAUCGCUCGACGUUAUCAAGGGAGAAAAGCUAUUAGGGACGAAUGAUGGUAGAAGGGAAACUGGCAUUUCAUGUGGACAAAAGAUUGGAAGUCGUGUUGCUUUGAGAAGCUUUCACGAUCGAUUGUGUGAUGAACCGAGAGGUGAAACUAAUUAUUAUCACUCGGGAACAACGAAGGAGUCUUCAUGUCUCACACAUAAACAGUGGUUGGAUGGAAUUACAAAUGAUCCAGACAUUAAGCAACAACCACCUCGAGCUAAAUUUUUAUCGACAUUGAAAGUCAAACACAAUCCAAACAAUAAAAAGUUUUUCCUUUUUGAUGUGAAAACAAAAAAACCUUCCAUAAUCGUUAGUCCAAUCCAGAAACAUGUUGAAGAGUUGAACAAAAAACUAAAAGCGCGAUUGAAUGAAAAUAAACCAAGCAAUCGUUCUACAAUUGUUGGUUUAUGCAAUCCUGAAACGAAGCAAUUCCAACGGAUGAGAUUCAUGGGAAUUCCAUGCUUGCAAUAUAAAAAGCAUAACGAUGAACAUUUCAAAGAACUUGUUGAGAAAGUUUCAACAAUGAAAUUGUCAACUUUUCAACCACGUGUCGUUAAAUCGAAAACAUUGACAGAGAACAUUCAACUGAAACCAAAAGUACCUGAGAUUAUUUCUUGUGAUGAGGCAAAGGAAAAAGAAGAAGAAAUUGAUAAAUUUUCUUAUUUCACAAGAGCUCAACCGCGUGGAACUGAUAAAAGGAAUCUUCGUAUCGAUAAAUCAGCCCCAUGGAUCGAAGACGAAUUGAUUGCGAUGAAAGUUAAACUUGAAAAUGAACGCGAUGUUGAAAAAACUUUGAAUGUUGAGAGUGAGGUGAUUUCUUCGGUAUCCUCGAACCAUUCAAUCGAAAAAAUCGAUACUGAAGUUAGUGGCAUGAAGAAAUCUUACAAAGAAGUUAUCUCAAGUAAAUUGGAAGCUUACAAAUCUCAGAAUAAAGUUGGAAGCAACAAAACCACUGAAGAUAACAUUUUGGUAGUUGAAAAGAAUUCUAGUCUCUCUAGCAUUGGGACAAACUUCACUAACGAUAGUGGAAGCUUUUUACUGGAAAUGGAUAAGAAAAUUCCCAAAAGUGAUAUAAAUCUGAAAAGAAAAUUUAAGAAUCGAAGUUUAUUGACAACGAAAGAUGAAGAAAAAUCAUUGCAGCCAUUCACCAUCCCAGGGAUCGAAAACUACAAUAUAGCUAAUGAACUUCACAAACCAAAGGAUAGAUUCCACACUCACCAAACAAGAUCAUGUGCUAACAUACGUGAAAGAAUCAAGAUUGAAUCGCCAGCUUAUCACGAUGAGAGGAUUGGGAAUGACCUUCGAAAAUUUCCUACACGUUUUGCAACUGAUAUCGAUGAAUCUUAUCAGUCCGAAUUUUACAAUGAAAGGUCACGAACUGUGUAUAAAUUCAAACCCAAAACAUAUAUUCGAAAUCUCAGAGAAACCUUACGAAAGAAUAUGGAAAUUCAAUGGAUGAGAGAAAAAUCGAUUCGUGAUGAAGUUCAUAGACUUGAAAAUACAAAAAUAUAUGAAGACAUAAAUAAACAAAUCAAGGAAUAUGAAAAAUUAAUAGAAUAUAAAGCUACUGAAUCCCAUCAGAUGCUUGAUAAAUCAAUGGAAAGAAUGAAUGAACUUAUUUUGUCAAAUAGAAUAAAGAGACAGAAACAUAAAGAAGUAACCGAUAAGCUUGAAGUUAUCAAAACAAAAAACUUUCAAUUCCUAUUGAAGCCAAUUAAAUGGCGCGAACAAUAUGAUGACUUUCACAUGACACCAAAUGGUGAACUUGAGCCAGUGAAAACGUCAAUAGAGCAACGUUCAACAGCAAAACUUUGGGAUCGUAAUAACAACACAUUUGAAGUCAAUGAGAAAUAUAUUGAAGAGUUGAAUAGAAUUGUGACAUGUUUAGGUGAACAAAAGGUUUUCAUGGAAAAAAGAUCUAAGGAAAUGGAAAAGAUAGCUUCGAAAGUAAUCAACAAACCCCUUGGGGAUUCGUUUUCUUCUAAAAAGCUACGAACUUACCAAGCUCUUGUUGAUGUUUUGUUCAAAUCCAUUAUACUAAAAGGGGGAGAUGCAACAGAAACUAAAUAUUACACAUCGGUUGAAAAGUUUGCAGAUAUUGAGAAAAUUUAUCUUCAAAGUUUGGAAGUUAUUGACGGCUUUCCAUCAACAUUAUUAAGUCAAGUGGAAAAAGAAACAAGAAAAGCCUGGAAGAGAAAAUGGAAACAAGCUGAACAUUCAUAUAAAAUUGAACGGAAUCUUUAUCAAAGUAUCGAUCAAUUAAAGAAAACUUUAACAAAGUCAUCAAAAACAGGUAAACAAAAGUAUAAAUCUCAAAAAUCUGUUGAUAAGUUUUCGGAAGCUAAACUAUCAGACAAGGGUCAUUCAGACGGUUCUUCAAAUAAGAAAUCUUGCAAUGUAAACAUUAAAAUGUUAUCACAAUCAUCUUCUUCAUCGUCCAAAAGCUUGCACAAAUAA